AUGGAUUUGCAAUUCGAGUCAGCAAAUCUUACCAUUGACAGGAGUGGGAAAGUUUACAUCAUUACCAUGAGGAUGGGCUUUGAGAACAAGUUGAACACCAAAUUUUGUCAGGAAUUAAUCAGUGCCUUUGCUUGGAUCCGCCGUAAUAUCGACCCAGGCUCUGAGGGAGCUGUUAUCACAAGGGGAAAUAAUGCUAAGUUCUACUGUACAGGGCUUGACCUCGAAGAAGCAGAACAGAAUCCAUUUUCGAACACUGAUGGGUUCUACCCCCUCUUGCACACGAUCCUCGACUUUCCCUUUCCAACGAUUGCUCUUGUUACUGGACAUACAUUUGGUGGCGGUUGCCCACUCACCCUUGCACAUGAUUAUCGCAUCAUGAACAGGGACAGAGGCUUCAUGUGUAUGCCUCCGGUUGACCUUGGUAUGCACUUCCCCGGUAUGGGCAUACUCCCUCGCCUGAAACUCCACCCGCCGGUUGCACGAAAGUUGUUAUUGGAAGGCCAUCGCUUCACCGCAAAGGAGGCACUGGCCGAUGGACUGGUUGAUGCCAUUGCACCCCCAGACAAAUAUCUGGAUGUUGCCCUGGAACUCGCCAAAAAAUGGGCCCCGAAGGGGAAGGCUGGGUAA